UUGAAGAAAAGGUGAUAAGUCGCCAUAACUCAGCUGAAAGAAACAUUUUUAAGGCUGCAGAAAUUGCCGAACGUUUCAUUCAGGCUCUAGAUAAUAGAGUCCUUGUUGAAACUACAGCACCGAUUGAAUCAGUCAAAGAUGCUGUUAGCAAAUUUGGGGGGAUUCUUGACUGGAAAGAGAGGCGUAAAAAUGUUCAAAUUUCUCUUGACAAAGUGCGGGAAGAUGCCCCCGAGUACCAGAGAAGAUUUGAAGUUGCAGAAGCUGAGAAAAGCCAAGUUCUGAAAGAGCUGUGUGGCAUCAGGCGGAUCAUAGAAGGGCUGAAACUGAGCCUGGAGAAAGCACAGACUGAAGCGUUGCAAGCACAGCAAGAUUCAGAGAUUGCUGAGAUACGAUACAAAGAAAUACAACAGGGUAUCGCCCACAAAGAGAGUGCUGCAGUAAAGGCAGAGAUUGAUCUUGCCAAAGAACGCCACGCGACUGCCUUAGCAGACUUGCAGUCAGUUAAAUAUGAGCUGGAGCAACUUCAGAAAGAGCACACUUCUUUAAUUAGUCAAAUGGAGAAUGCCGAGACUAAAGCACGCGAAACCACCACCAUGUCUCAGGAAAUCGAGAAGAACGUCGAGGACCUUACCCUUGAGCUCAUUUCACUGAAAGAGUCACUUACCUCUUCACAUGCUACCCAUAUUAUAGCAGAAGAGCGAAGAAUAAAUGUGGCUAUGGCGUAUGAGCAAGAAAAAGCUAAUUGGCAGGAUGAGCAGAAGGAAGCUGAUGAGGAGGUUCAAAAGCUGAAUGACGAGAUCUCAGCCAGUAAAGAUCUCGAGUCCAAGCUUGAAGCUUCCUCUGCAUUGCUGGUGAAUCUGCAAGGUGAGUUUACUGCUUAUAUGGAAGGAAUACUGCCUGAGAAGGCAAGUGAGGCUGGAGAGGAAGUGCCAUCAAUGGUUAGUGUUCGGAUGACACUGGCGAAGACCACAAAGGAGCUUGAGGAUAUGAGGAUGAACAUUGAAAAAGCCAAGGAUGAGGUUAAAGGGCUUUGGAAUACUGCUGCUGCAUUGCGAGCUGAUCUUGAGAAGGAGAAGGCAGACAUCACAGCAUUGAGGGAGAAACAGCACCAUGCUUCUGUUUCAGCCACAUCUCUCCAGGAGGAACUGAGAAAAACGGCACGUGAGCUGAUGGUGGUGCAGGAGAGAACUAAUGCAGCUAGAAUGCCCCCAGAGCUACAGCAGGCUACUCAAGAAACAGAACGAGCUAAGGCGAAGGUUCGGUUGGCCCAGGAUGAGGUUGCAAAGGCUAGGGAAGAGGCAGACCGAGCCAAGGCAGAGGUCAAUGUCGUCCAGUUGAGGCUGGAAGCAGUGUCAAGGGAGAUACUUGCGGUGAAAACAUCAGAAGAAAUUGCAAUGGCCUCAGCAAAUGCGCUGCAAGAGUACAAACAUGAGGGAGAAAUAGAACCCCAAGCUGAGAGAAGAAGUCACAACAACAUGAAGGUGCCGAUCGAAGAGUAUGAUGCGUUGAGCAAGAGAGCACAGGAAGCUGAGGACCUAGCUAAGAAGCGGGUUAUGCAGGCGGUUGAGAAGAUAAAAGAGGCGAAGGAGGGAGAGGUUAGGAGCUUGGAUCAGUUGUAUCAGUUGACCAAACAGAUAGAUGAUAGGAGGGUUGCGCUGAGGUCGGCGCAGGAGAAAGCCUUUUCGGCACAGGAUACCAAGUUAACAAUGGAGAGCGAGCUGAGGAAGAUGAGAGUAAAGCACGAUCAACCGCAUGGCGAGAUGGAUCUUCCGAUUGCUGAUAUCUGCCUUCUGAAUAGUGCAUGCUCUUUUGAUGCAGCAGGAUCAUCUGGUUCCAAUCCUCAAAUGCGCGGAACAUGCCUGCCUAGAGCUGACACCAUAGCGACAAGUUCAGUAGCAGAGUCAAAGGCGCGAAAGUCGUACUUCCCUCGGUCCAUAGUGACGAUGUUCAUGGGUAGUAGGAAGAAGACACAUUCCAAGUGA